AUGGCUUCUGAUGAACCCAAAGCAAAGAAACCCAAACUUUCCGAGGAUGAAAAGACAGAGUCUCCGAGCAAAAAGGCUGCUGCCGAACUAAGCUCCAACUUGCUCUUUGGGAUGGGAAACCCCUUACUCGACAUCUGUGCUGUUGUUGAUAAAGACUUCUUGGACAAGUACUCUCUGAAGCCCAAUGAUCAGAUCCUGGCUGAGGACAAGCACAAAGCACUAUUUGAUGAGCUUGUAAAAAAAUUCAAAGUGGAGUAUCACGCCGGUGGAGCCACUCAGAACUCGAUUAAGAUCGCUCAGUGGAUGAUCCAAGAGCCCCACAAAGUCGGCACGUUCUUCGGCUGCAUUGGGAAAGAUAAGUUUGGAGAGAUCCUCAAGCAGAAGGCGGCGGAGGCCCAUGUGGACGGCCAUUACUACGAGCAAGACCAAGAGCCCACGGGGACGUGCGCUGCUUGCAUCACCGGAGAUAACAGGUCUUUGGUAGCUAACCUAGCAGCUGCUAACUGUUAUAAGAAGGAGAAGCAUUUAGACUUGGAAGAAAACUGGGAGCUGGUGGAAAAAGCUAAAGUCUACUAUAUUGCUGGUUUCUUCCUGACUGUGUCUUUGGAGUCCAUCCUGAAAGUGGCAAAGCACGCUUCUGAAAAGAACAAGCUAUUCUGCAUGAACCUUUCUGCACCUUUCAUCUGCCAGUUCUUCAAGGACAACCUCAUGCAGGUUAUGCCUUACAUCGACGUGUUAUUCGGCAAUGAAUCGGAGGCAGCAGCCUUUGCGAAGGAGCAGGACUUUGAGACUAAAGACAUUAAGGAGAUUGCCAAGAAAGCCCAGGUGUUACCCAAAGUUAACACAAAGAGACAGAGAAUUGUUGUAUUUACCCAGGGAAAGGAUGAAACUAUCAUGGCCCUCAGUGAUAAGAUUGAGACAUUCCCUGUCCUCAAGAUUGACCCAAAGGACAUUGUUGACACAAAUGGUGCAGGCGACGCUUUUGUCGGAGGCUUCCUGUCUGGACUUGUCCAGGAGAAGCCUCUGGAUCAGUGCGUCCGGGCAGCACAUUACUCUGCUAACGUCAUCAUCAGACGAGCAGGUUGCACCUUCCCAGAAAAGCCUGACUUCAAAUGAGGAACGCCGCAAAGCUCUUCCUUAAGCCUGAAAACCUCGUAACCCACACUGCCUCUGCUCUUCAGAUCCCCAUUGUUUUUUUUUUGUUGUUUUUUUUUGUUUUUUUUUAAUUGGUCACCAAAUGUCAGUUCUUUUUAAAGCGUCUGCAUAUCUUUACUUGCCUGUCGAUGUCUUGUCUGUCUCCAUUUUGUCCUCAAGAGGUCAGCAGAGGACCAUUCAGCCAAGAUCAGAGGGGGGGGGGGCGGUUUGUACUUGUUGACAAUUAAGAAAAUAGGGUUGCGAGUUUCUAGUUUGCUUUAUGCAAAAAAUCCAACACCUUUUUCCUGUUGGAGUUCCUCCUCCUCUGGCUGCGCAGACGCCUCACAGACGUCGCUACAAGCGCUCUCAUCUCGCCUCUCGCUUCUGCAGUGGCUUUCAGAGACCGACUUCAAGCACAAACGAGGACUACAGAGCAAAACAUCACUGUCACGACGGGUUUUUUGAAGAUAUAGCUGUGAAACUUUCAGCAAGAAUUUUAGAUCAGUGUUUUAUCUGCUUUGAGGAGUUGGAAAAACCAAAUGUCUUUAUUUUUAAUGCACAAUUUUUAGUGGCCACAAAGCUUCCACCUCAGCUCAUCCUGUUUAAACGGGUCAGUUUGACGUGUUUUAGGUGAGCUGUGGGCCUUUUUUUUCUUCUUCUUCUUUUAGUCCUGGCUCUGAAAUUACUACACAUGGUGCUGAUUGGAUGAGGAUAAUUCUGGUCCUGGACUGUGAACCAGAAUUAAUAGUUUUGGUAAAGUAAUAGUGAGUUUAACGUGAAAAGCAUCUGCAGGAGCGAAAUGUCUCCAUGCCCUGAGGGAAAUACUUAAACUGGCUGAAACGGUUUCAUUCUACUUAUUACAGAUAUAAAUUUAGAGCAUUUAUCAUUACAUUAAUUUCUUAAAAUUAUCCCUGAACAUUUGGAUUCACAUCAGAGUGUGUAUUAUGAAAGGUUGAAUCCUUGUUAAAACCUCUGAAAACAAACCGUACUGAACUAAAUCAUUUUUAUUUUUGUCUUUGUUAUGAAGUGAUGUUUAAAUCAGGCAGCACUCCAUCUGAUGGAACAAGGCCUCAAAGUUUCACAUGUCUCAAGAAAAUAGCCUCAUUUUGUUCAUAGGAAAAAUACAAAACAAAUCAUUUCAAC